AUGGCGCUGGAUGUAGGAGAUGAAACUGACGAGUGGGCCCCACUGCCAGCGAGAGAAUCUGUAGGACCCGGCUGUCAUGGAGGAAGAAGAGAGAAGGUGGUCAGGAAAAUACAGAACAAAAAUGUUAAAAUUGUAGGCGUCAUUCUAAAAGUGAUAUUCAAACGAGUGUCAUUCAUUAUUCAUUAUAAUGGUAAAAAUUGUAAAAACCCCAUACUCAGUCCCCCAUUCUCACGAGCACCACUUCCAUAUCCAGGUAGACACAGGCCGCCGUCGCCCCUUCCCAGCACAAGGCCGCUGCCGCCCCUUCGCAGCACCACCACGCCCCGUCCAGCACCGGUCGCCGCCGCCGGCCCGCCGCCUCCCUCGCCCCUCCGUCAUCCCCUCCCCUCCGACCCAGAGCGCUGCGCCGCCGCGCGCGCCCAGGGAGGGCGACAGAGCGCGGGCGCGGCCGCCGUGCAGGGGCACGUGCUCCCCAACGCGCUCGACACCACCGCCAUCGACUGGGUCAACGCCGCGGAGCUCCCGUCCCCCGUGAACCCCGGCAGCGCCGUGCGGCUCACGCUCGCCAAGGUGAAGGAGGGGGUGGAGCUCGCGCAGCAUCGCCGCCCAGCCCCGGCCCCGGCGCCGGAGCUCUUCGCGCCCGUGGCGGCGGCUCCGGCGGCGGCUAAGAGGAAGGCGGCGCCGGAGGGGGCAGCCGUCAAGGCGGAGGCCGACGCCAACGCCAAGCCCGCGCGCAAGGUGUCGGGUGCAUUCAUGCCACCGAUGUUGGCGAGAUCACCGGACGACUCGGCGGAGAAGCCCGCGGCGUUCCCAGUCCCAGACCUGACCCUCUCAUCCCCAGCGAUCGACGCCGCCUGCCCUGCCGCCCCGAGUGCCACCAGCAGCGCCGUCACGGACGGGGGCACCGUGGCGCAGCGCCUGCGCCUGCGCCAGCACCACCAGCAGCAGCAGCCGGCGCAGCAGAGGAAGGCCCGGCGGUGCUGGUCACCCGAGCUCCGCCGCCAGUUCGUCGUCGCGAUCCAGCAGCUCGGCGGAGCGCAAGUUGCCACGCCAAAGAAGAUCAGGCAGCUGAUGAAGGUGGACGGGCUGACGCACGACGAGGUGAAGAGCCACCUGCAGAAGUACCGGCUGCACACGCGGCGGGCGUCAUCGUCAGAUGGCGGUGACCUCCAGGCUGCGCCGGAGCAGCAGGACGCGACGUCGCAGCACAGCAUGUCGCAGUCGGGGUCGCCCCAGGGGCCCCUGCAGCUGACGGUGUCGAGUCGGGCCAUGUCGGCGACCGCCGGGGACAGCUGCGACGGCGACGAGGCGGAGGGCGGCAGGUCCGAGAGCUACGGUUUCGGGGCGCAGCACGGGACCAAGGCCUCGUUGUCCUGAAAAUCCUGCUCUAUUGGUCCUUGGCACAGCAGCAGUAUAGAAGAAGAAGAUGGAUGCAGCAGCAUUAUGAUGAGAUGAUGGAAACCACAUACUCCGCAGAUGAGAGGCAUGUUGAGAGGAUUCUUUUUUUUUUUUUUUUUUUUGCAGAUGAACUGAUGCGAGUGAUUUGUCGAGUGUUUGUUUGUAGGUGUGAGAUAUGAGAUGAGAUGUUGCUACAUUAGAUUGCAGAAAUCUUCAGGUUGAGUCGAAUCAGCAUGGUCGAGAGGCCGAUCGGUUUUACAUUUUAGGAAGAUUGCUGGGCUUGUUGCUUGUUAAUGGAGCUACCCAUCUGCUGAUCUCGCCUGUUCUUUUGCAAUCGGAUGCAGAUUCAUUCACCCGGUCA